AUGCUCUGGCUCCAGAUAGCCAGCCAAAUUGGCAUCGGCAUCUUCACGUUUCUCGUGCAGAUGCAGAUGCCCAACAACCUAUAUCUGCCUCAAAUAGUUGGACAGUUCAUAGACGCGGCGGCUCCUAACUUGGUCUAUAUUGCUGAAGAGGUUGUUCUUUCGUUCCGGUCCUCUCGUUCCUCACUCCCGGCUCCUCCAACUCGGACUUCACUACCUCCGUCGCCAACCACGGAUUCCUGCAAGAAUCUCAUUCUCUGGACACCCACGGCCCUCGCUGUCGCGUCGCAGCCCCCGGCGCUUGUUACUCCAGUGGCGGCGCCGUCGUCGGUGCCUACUACCUCAGUGUCGACCAUCGAAUACGCGUUUUCGGACAAAAUGAACUGGCCGAAGGAUGCGAGCGACUCGACCCACCACUUCUGUCCGGCUUAUCUCGCAUCCAUCGCUCCCGCCUGUCACCUUCUGCCCCUUCACCUCGUAGCUGUCGUCAUGGCAUUCACGAUGGUGUGGGGAGUGUGUGCACUUGUCAAGUUCUUCAGAAGUCGACGCCGUGUGAGGAAAAUUGCUUCCCAGAACGGUCUGCAGAGAUCUACCCAGAGCAACAUCGUUGCCAAACUGCCGGAGAUACUGCAUGGCGGCGCACCAACGCAGUCCAGAAUGAGCUCUCUGGACUGCGAGGGUGCAUCGUCGGCUGUCUCUUGCGCCUCUGCAGACUGGGAUUCAUUCAGUACCACUCUCCCACCCUCACCCUCGGAGCCCACCAGUUGCGACGUUUGCAACUCGAUAGAAGCUCAGGGUGUCAGUUACUGGUUAGGGCAUAUUGUCCUAGUGUGUCUCGCGACACUGCUAAUCAACGUCCUGGCCCGCCGUUUCACACCCGAAGACGCAGCCGCAUAUACCCUGGCAGUGCCGAUGAUGCUUUGGAAGGACCAUCCAACUCCUCACAGCUGCAGCCGCUUUGAGAGAGAGGAUAUAUCGGAUCUGAAUAUUCCCCAGCCCUCGGCUAUCCAUGAGACCCUAGCACAGUCCCCGGAACCUUCUACCGACGGCGCAUCGGUGCAAUCAGGCCCGCCAUCAAGUAGUUCAUCACAAGACACCACUUCACUCAGCUCCUUUGCGGCAGCUCUUGUGUCUCAGGACGCGCCAGAUGCGCUCGACAGGCCUCAACAACGCAUCGGUGCCCAUCUGCUCCCUGCGUCCAGCCCAGCCGGUCCUUCGUCGCCCCCCAGUGCCUCGUCCAAGUCCCCGGAACCCUCCCAUCUAGUCGCACCCAUGCCCGAGACAGACACAUCGGCGCGCACCAUGCUCGCUUGCGAGAGGUACACGAAGAUGUGUGCCAAGGCAGUCGAGAUGAUCAAGCACAAGAGCGCACGUCUGGAUCAACUGCUACCGGCCCUGGUGAACGAGCGCAAUGAACUUGAGGCGUUUGUCGAGCAGGAGGUCCAGCGCGCGAAGGAGCUUCAGGCCACAUGUCAGCGCCAUUGUGCCCAGCUCGCGGAGGUCUAUGCAGAGACGAAAGCGCAACAGGACGAGGUAUCUGGACAGCUGGAAACGUUAAAGUCGACACGUAUGCGGCUGGGUCUGGAACGCGAGAGGGCGAGGAAGGAGCAAGAGCAGCGUGCGAGGAAGCGGGUGCACGCGUAUAAGGAACGCGCGGUCAUUGGGGCUAAGCGCAUGCCGGCGGAGCAGGAACGCGUCGAGGUCGGGCAGAUGCGUGUACAGGCCAUUCCGAUGGAGCUAAAGAAACAGCCCAAGACACUGGAGAAGGAGUCUGUGCUGCGGGAGGACGAGCGUCGGUGCGAUCAGGAUGUGCAGGCGAGACAUCUGCGGGAUCAAGAGGCGCAGACGGACGAAGAGCGCAUAUGCGAACAUGUCGCACAGACGGAUCACGCAGAACGACGGGACGCACACAUGGAUCGAGGAGAUCUGCGCGAGCUAGGAAUGGCGACCGACCGUACGGAAGGUGUGCGCGAACAGGAGGUGCAGGCUGAUCCUGCAGAUCAUCUGUGCGACAAUGGAAUGCAGACCGAGCAGGAGAAGCUGCCAAGCAAGGACCACGGAGAUGUGCUUCAUGACGUCCACGGGGAGGAACAUCUGGACACCGAACAGACUGAUCAGGUAUCUGGCGAAAGGGGAACUCAGGCGGACGCAGACGACUGUCAUUCACAGAAUACGCAGGACUCACAAGGCGAGGAGCCAAUUGAGCAAGCCGGGCAGGUCGAGUGUGUCGAGCACGUCCAAUGCACCGAUCAGGUCGAAUCUAUCGCGCAGGUCGAAUUGGUCGAGCAGGUCAUGCGAUCUGUGCAAGCUAAUCACAAUGAGAGCUCCAGCUGUGGGCUUGACGGUCUCCCUCCCACUCUGCUCGCGUCGCUUUGGAAAGACAAGAAGCCAGUUGCGCAAGCCGGGCAGGUCGAAUUUUUCGAGCAGGUCAUGCGAUCUUUGCACCACGAACAAGCUUAUAAUGAGAGCUCCAACUGCGGGCCUGACGGUAUCCCUCCCAAUCUGCGUGCGUCGCUUUGGCAUGACAAGAAGCCAGUUGCGCAAGCCGGGCAGGUCCAAGAUGCCGGGCAGGUCCAAGAUGCCGAGCAGGUCCAAUGCGUCGAACAAGUCCAAAGCGUCCAGCAGGUCCAAUGCGUCGAUCAGGUCGAAUCUGUCACGCAUGUCGAAUUUGUCGAGCAGGUCAUGCGAUCUGUGCAAGCUAAUUACAAUGAGAGCUCCAACUGUGGGCUUGACGGUCUCCCUCCCACUCUACUAGCGUCGCUUUGGCAAGACAAGAAGCCAGUUCAGCAAGCCGGGCAAGUCCAAUGUGCAGGGCAGGUCCAAUGUGUCGAGCACGUCCAAGGCAUCGAGCAGGCUAAACACAUCGAGCAGGUUGAGCAAGCCGAGCAGGUUGAACGCGUCGAACAGAGCGAACACGUGGUGCAGGGCGCACACGUGGGGAAGGUCCAAUGCGUCGAGCACCCUGUUGCCACAAUCCUGCAUCAACCCCUCAGUUCAACAGCAGGUGCCUUCAACCUACAACAGAUCGUACCAUUUAUGCAGCACGAGCUACCUCAGCAUAGUGGGAGCUCUAGCCGUGGGUUCACGUUUGACUGUCCCCCUCCGCGCCAGCCCCCUCCGCCUGCGUCAAGUUGGCUGGACGCGUAUGUUCAGGCUUCCCGAUCGCAGGCUGUGGCUCAGACCUCGGCUCCAGCGCCUGCCUCGGAUUGUGCGUCUGCCUCGGAUGAUGAGGAUGAGCCUGCCUCGGUCGACGUGCCCCCUGCGGAACCCCAGCCGUCGUCCCCGAACCCACCUACAGUCCCUGCAACAGAGCCCGUCCGUCCCAGCCCGUUUGCUGACCCCAACGCCGCACUGAAGGCGUUCUGGGCGCGCUUGCCUCCACCGCAAGCGCAGGACGUACCAAGUGUGCAGGUGAACGACGUGCAGCCGCAAGCUGCUCAUGUAAAUCCAGAUGCGAUGCAGCAGCCCUCAGGAACGUACCAGUUUGGCUUCAACAACCCGCGCUAUGAGGUCGUCGUCCACCAAGGUCUCACUGCCAUCCCGUUCGAGACGUCUACAAGCGUAUGGGCCGUCGCAGUCCUGGAGCGCUCCGACCACGCUAGCCUAACAUGGCCCCUUGCUCUCGGCAUCUGCGUCAACUAUGAGCAUACCCUCGUCUCGUUCUGA